AUGUUUGUUGGAAAUCAUGUCGGGCUAGUAGCAGGUGGAGGAGCGACUUCACAGAGUAAUACUAACAAUCAACGAGAAAGUGGAAACGAAACGAAGACGGUUAAUGCAAGUAACGAUGGAAAACAACAGCAACAAACGUUAUCUAGUUUUUAUCAUUAUGGCUUGCCAUCGAAAGGAGAUCGAUUUUCAUUCAAAAAUUUAACACCAUCAACAGCAUCCAAGGUUCUGCCGUUUGAUCGUUCCAGCAAUAAUCAUCCUCAAAAUAGUUCAUUAUUCAAUUUUGAUUUGUUUUCGUCUAUGAAUCUAAAUACUGAUACUAGCCAUUACAAUAAUAAUAGUAAUAAUAUAUUGAAUUCAAAUUUGUUUUCACCCCCACAACGGUCAUCUCAACAAGUAACUAAACGAUAUGAGUUUGAUGAUGAUAAUGAUGAUGAAAAAGUAGAACAGCCAUUGGAUCUAGCUGAAAUCGCAUUAUUAAACAAAUUUCCACAUCUAAGGGAUGUUGAUGAAACAUUUGUACAGGAUGAUGGAACAAAUCCUUCAAGUCCCUUAUAUUCGGUCAAAACGUUUGAAGAAUUAAAACUUGGACAAGAUUUAUUGAAUGGGAUUUAUAAUAUGGGUUUUCGACGACCAAGUCGAAUACAAGAACGCGCUUUACCACAACUUCUCGCAUACCCACCACGAAACAUGAUAGCACAAUCACAAAAUGGUACAGGAAAAACAGCAGCAUUUAGUUUAGCGACGUUAUCUCGAAUCAAUCCAAAUGUGAAAUCUGUUCAAGCAUUAAUAUUGGCACCAACAUUUGAGUUAGCAUUACAAAUUGGUUCUGUGAUUGAAAAAAUGGCCAAAUUUUUACCCUAUAUUACAAUUGCAUAUGCUGUUCGAGAUAUUACAAUAUCAAAGAGAGAUCAAUUGGUACGAAAUCAACUAUUAGAAGAAAAUAUUGUCAUCGGGACGCCGGGCACAGUUGAAGAUUAUUGUCGAAAAAAACGUGUUAUUGAUUUAAAAAAAUUAAAAGUAUUUGUUGUUGAUGAAGCCGAUGUGAUGAUUUCUACAGCCGAUUUUAAACAAAUAUGUAUUGAUCUUGUUAAAAAAACAAUUGAUAAAGAAUGCCAGACAAUGUUAUUCUCGGCAACAUAUUCGGAUGAAAUAAUGGAUUUUGCUAAACGUGUUAUUGAAAAUCCAGUUAUUUUUCGAUUAAAGCGGGAAGAACAAUCGUUGACAAAUAUUCGUCAGUAUUACAUUCGUUGUCAAGAUGAUGAUGAAAAAUAUGACGCGAUUAAAACAAUUUAUGUCAAUAUAACAGUUGGUCAAGCUAUGAUAUUUUGUCGUAACAAACAAUCGGCAUACAAUUUGGCUUUAAAAAUGAAAAGCGAAAAACAUUGUGUCGAAUUAUUAUCCUCACAAUUGGAUGUUGAACAACGUGCUGCUGUUAUUAAGCGUUUUCGCGAAGGGAAAUUUCGUGUUUUGGUUGUGACAAAUGUCUGUGCUCGAGGUAUUGAUAUUGAUGAUAUUUCAUUAGUAGUUAAUUAUGAUAUGCCAUUGAUGUAUGAUAUGGAAAAACAACGUUUUAUCAAUGUUCCAGAUUAUGAAACGUAUCUUCAUCGAAUUGGACGAGCGGGAAGAUUUGGACGAAUUGGUUAUACGUUUAAUUUAAUUAAAACCCAUGAAAUGGAAUUAAUGAAAUCAAUUGAAAACUAUUUUCAAAAACCAAUACCCGAAUUUACUGAAGAAGGUGUACAACAGGAUGAAGUUUAUGGAUUGUAA